UCAGUCACCAAACACACAGCACCACUUGUGGCUCUUAAAAACCUGCUUUCUAUCUACAGCUGUCAAUCCAUCCACUCUCUAUUUCUACCUCUUAUAUCUCUCUCAACACACACUCUCACACGGACACAGAUACGACACAGACACUGACAAAGAAAGUAUUGUUAUGACAGACCUCAGGAUCGGUGAGCUCAGGGUCGACGGAGCAGACACAGAAGCCAGGAAUCACUUGAGUGAAGAAGAGGACGAGGAUUGGAUUAAACUUCUUAUCCACCAGUCCCAGGGGGCCAAAGAGUUUGCCUACUGUCCCUACAGCAUGUUCCGGGUGGGGGCAGCCCUGUUGGCACAUGAUGGAACCAUUUUUACAGGAUGCAAUGUAGAAAAUGCAAGCUACAACCUUGGUCUCUGUGCAGAGAGAACAGCUAUUGCAAAAGCUGUUUCCGAGGGAUACAGAAGUUUUAAGGCUAUUGCCAUUGCCAGUGACCUGGAAGACCAGUUCAUCUCACCAUGUGGAGGUUGCAGACAGUUCAUGCGAGAGUUUGGUGAUCAGUGGUCCGUGUACCUAUCCAAGCCUGAUGGGUCUUAUGUGGAAAUGACUGUAGAAGACCUGCUUCCUGUGUCAUUUGGGCCUGAAGACCUGAAGAAAAAGAGAAUGUUCACCACACAGAAUGGGUCAUAAUAGUAUUCACAAGACAAGAGGAAAAACAAGAAUCAUUCAUAACAGCAUUACAAGUCCAUGAAAUGUCAAUAACCCCUAACCACAUACAUGAAGAAUGUUAGAUUUCCAAUAGGACUACUAUACAAUUUAUUAGUUGAAUAAUGCCAGUGGAUAUUGAUUUGCGCCUCAGAAAUUAGUAAAACGUCUCAAUGUGUUUUCUAACAAGUGUUUGAACAGUAGAUUACAUCAAAUAUUAUUUUGCUACACAGCUCACAUUCACAUUAUGUGUAUGAUUGGAAGUGUUUGAAGUAUCAAUGUUAAAAAAUACUUUAUGUAUUACUCAAGAAUAUUAAAGUGCUUUAGGACAA